AUGAGUCAGCUAUUCAUAGUCGAUUGUAUUCAUUUGCCGACCGCUGGAGAAGGAUUCGCCUAUUUGAUGUCCAUUAUGGCGCCGAAAUGGUGCUUCUACACCUUCUUCGCUUCAACCGAUAUUAGCUCGUAUCAGCUGAUCGACUUUUUGCCGCCAUUUCUCGAUCAAUUCGUUUCUAACACGAAGUUCACUGUAGAAGGCCAGUGCGAGACGACCGUCAUCGCAGAGCUGAUGAUGAAUUACCGUCACACUGUCAUCGACAAGCGAGAGGUAAAGGCGAAGCGACGCGAUUCUCAAGAGGAUGUGUUCGAUGGCGAAUCAGAAGGCUGCCUGAAGUACCGGUUUGCAAGCUUGGAAGUACGUUACUUUCGACGCUACUGCUUCAAGGCAUUUUUUAUGAGCAAAGAAGCGAAAACGUCGCGCUACCCCUUGAGACGUGCUUACAUCGAAGAACCUUAUUGUUUAAUUUUUGAUGCUCGGCAUAAGUUGAUUAUUGACGUUUAAUC